AUGCUUGAAUUACAAUUAAACCGUGUUGAUUAUCUAAAAACUAUCUCAUCCAUUCCAACCAAAUGUAUGCGAUUAUUAUCUCGUGAAAAUGUUAAAAAAGACACUCAAAAACUUGCAUUGGGUGAAAGCAAUGGAAGUGUGCAACUCUUUUCCAUUCGAAAGAAAGACACAAGUACAAUUUUCAAAACGGCACCAGGGAAGCGCAUCAACCGGAUCGAACUUGGAGGUCGUCUCGGUGAAAUUCCUGAUCGAAUCUUUGUUGCUGCCGAAAAUGAGGUGAAAGGUUAUUCGAAAAAAGGCAAACAAUUCUAUGCAUUUGACACGAAUAUCAACGAACCCAUUCGGUGCAUGAGUAUUCUUGGCUCGAGUUUAUACACAUGUACAGAAACAACUUAUACGCAUUACAUUGAAUCCAAAGAAACCGACACAGUGACAUUUGCAGCCAAAAUGAAUGACAUUGUUAUUUUACCACUUCCUAUUCAAGCUAUGCCAGUCGUUGCUUGUCAAGAUCGAUUGUUAAGACCAUUACAUAAAUCUUCAGUGUUGUAUGAUGCAGAAGUACCUGGUAUUCCAACCACUUUAAUACUUUCGAACAAAAACGGAGGUCCAACGAAGAGUGAAGUUGUGUAUGGAACAUCAGAUGGUCGUUUGGGUCAACUAGAAAUUGGCAGUAUCUCAGCUAAUAGCAAAUGGGAAAUAGCAAAUCCCAAGCAUUUGUCUGGCAUCAGUGCGAUCGAUUUUUAUGAUAUCCUAGCUGACGGCGUGCCCGAUAUGAUCGUUGCACGUGAAGAUGGAACAGUUGAAGUAUACAAUUUCGAAACGACAGAUGAACCAGUUCUCAAGUUUACCUUCAAUGGCACUGAGAGUAUUACGAAUAUCGAAGGUGGAGUUGUUGGCAAUCCGAAUUAUGACGAGUUGAUAUGUUGCACAUAUCAAGGUUGGAUCUUCGGUUUAACAACUCAGCCAUUACAAAAUGACUUGGGCGGUGAAGUUGUUACUGCACAAAAUGAUGAUCUCAAAAAUCGUAUUGAAGAUCUUAAGAAUGAAAUUGAUGAAUUACAAAGACGACUCAUAGUGGCACGUGAACGUUACCAAGAAGCCAUCAAAUCUGACACUCGUGCCUUGUCAACUAUUCGAGAAUUUCGUGUUAAUGAUCGAUUUGAACUCAAUCGUGAUGAUGCAACAUAUAAUCUGAUGAUUGAAAGUGAAAUUCCAAUCGACAAUGUUCUUUUGCAAUGUGAUGUCAUUUUGGAUGUACUCGACGUGGAAAAAAAUUCUGCUGUUAUGAGCUUCAGUGAUUGUGAUCCAAGAGAUAACAAUGCCGUACUUGUGACUUAUCGUUGUCAAAUGAAUACAACACGUUUAGAAAUGCAUGUUCGAACAAUCGAAGGUCAUUAUGGAACAUUACAAUUGUAUAUCACAUCGAAAAUUCAACCGCGAUGUUCAAUGCUUCGCCGGCAUAUAAUAAAACCAUUGUCAUUACAUCAACGAAGUUCGUCUGCAAUCGAUCCCAACAAACGAAUGAAUACAAUGAAAAUAACAGGAUCAUUUAGUUAUGCAGAAAUUCAUUCAUGGAUUCAGUUUUGUCUUGCCGAUGUUCCGGAACGACCACCUAUUGAAAAAGAAAAUCGUUUAGUUUAUACAAACAUCUUCUUACAAACACAACUGGAAUGUAUAUACAAACAAGAUGAAGCAAUAUUUCGUUCGGAAAAUGUUUCCACUAUCUCCAUACUCAAAGAUGUAAUGAGUAAAAAAGCAACAGAAAAGAAAAUCACGCUCGAUAUUUCCUAUGAACUAAGCAAUGAAACUAUUGCUAUAACACUUGGUCAAAUCCUACCCAUGAUUGCCCAUUAUAAAACUCUGACUGACAAAUACAAUCUGAUCGAGCCAUUACAAGAGUUAAUUAUGGAUGGUUCAUCGGAUAAUAUUCUCACACCAGAAUAUCGACAAGUGUUGACAAAUGCUGAGUCGAUACGUGAACAACAUAAACAAACACCAGUACAUUUGAAUCGUUUGUGUAGUAUGGUAGCAGAUUUGUUCAUCGAUAAACAUAAAUUCGAAGGAACAAAUGUGAAAGCAAAGAUUCCGACUCUAUUCGAAAAACUGAAUACGUCAUUUACUCAACCGCAGAUUUUCAUUGACUUUUUUAAUUCAUUAUAA